AUGGCGGCGGAGGCAGGAGGGACGGAAGGCGACUGCGACCCCGCGCCGGGGCGGGAGCUGUUGGUGGCCUGGAGCACCGUGAGCACCGGGCUGGUGCCGCCGGCAGCGCUGGGGCUGGCGGCCUCUCGGACCAGCGGCGGGGUGCAGGCGAAGGAGGAAGAGCUCCGGGCGGCCGUGGAGGUUCUGCAGGGCCACGGUCUGCACUCGGUCCUGGAGGAGUGGUUUGUGGAGGUGCUGCAGAACGACUUGCAGGCCAACAUCUCCCCCGAGUUUUGGAAUGCCAUCUCCCAGCGCAAGAACGCUGCAGAUGAACCCCAGUGUCUCCUGCUGCUCCUGGACGCAUUCGGCCUGCUGGAGAGUCGCCUGGAUCCCUAUCUGCGCAGCUUGGAGCUCCUGGAGAAAUGGACUCGCCUGGGCCUGCUGAUGGGCACUGGCGCCCAGGGGCUGCGGGAAAAAGUCCACACCAUGUUGCGGGGCGUCCUGUUCUUUUCCACGCCCCGGGCCUUCCAGGAGAUGGUUCAGCGCCUCUAUGGACGCUUCCUGAGAGUGUACAUGCAGAGCAAGAGGAAGGGGGAUGGGGGCACAGACCCAGAACUGGAGGGGGAGUUGGACAGCCGGUAUGCCCGCCGUCGUUACUACCGGCUCCUGCAGAGCCCGCUGUGCGCUGGAUGUGGCAGCGACAAGCAGCAGUGCUGGUGCCGCCAGGCCCUGGAGCAGUUCCAGCAGCUCAGCCAGGUCCUACACAGGCUCAGUCUGCUGGAGCGAGUGUGUGCCGAGGCUGUGACCACCACGCUGCACCAGGUGACCCGCGAGAGGAUGGAGGACCGCUGCCGCGGGGAGUAUGAACGCUCCUUCCUGCGGGAGUUCCACAAGUGGAUCGAGAGGAUGGUUGGCUGGCUCGGCAAGGUGUUCCUGCAGGAGGGCCCUGCGAGGCCCACGCCCCCUGAGGCCAGCACCACGCUGCGCCGCUGGCGGUGCCACCUACAGAGGUUCUUCUACCGCACUUACGCCGGCUUGCGGGUGGAGGAGCUCUUCAGCAUCGUCCGAGACUUCCCAGACUCCCGGCCGGCAGUGGAGGACCUCAGGUACUGCCUGGAGAGGACCAACCAGAGGCAGCAGCUGCUUGACUCGCUCAGAGCAGCCCUGGAGACGCGGCUCCUGCACCCAGGUGUGAACACGUGCGACAUCAUCACGCUCUACAUCUCGGCCAUCAAGGCGCUGCGUGUGCUGGACCCCUCCAUGGUCCUCCUGGAGGUGGCCUGUGAGCCCGUGCGCCGCUACCUCAGGACGCGGGAGGACACAGUGCGGCAGAUUGUGGCUGGGCUCACUGGGGACUCUGACGGCACUGGGGACCUAGCCGUCGAGCUGUCCAAGACGGACCCCACGAGCCUAGAGACUGGCCAGGACAGUGAGGAUGACUCCGGGGAGCCUGAGGACUGGGUCCCUGACCCCGUGGAUGCUGACCCAGGAAAGUCGAGCUCACGGCGGCGCUCCUCGGACAUCAUCAGUCUGCUGGUCAGCAUCUACGGCAGCAAGGACCUCUUCAUCAACGAGUACCGCUCCCUGCUGGCCGACCGGCUCCUGCACCAGUUCAGCUUCAGCCCUGAGCGGGAGAUCCGGAACGUGGAGCUGCUGAAGCUGCGCUUUGGAGAGGCACCCAUGCACUUCUGCGAGGUCAUGCUGAAGGACAUGGCCGACUCCCGACGCAUCAACGCCAACAUCCGCGAGGAGGAUGAGAAGCGUCCCGCCGAGCAGCAGCCCCCCUUCGGGGUCUACGCGGUCAUCCUGUCCAGCGAGUUCUGGCCGCCUUUCAAGGAUGAGAAGCUGGAGGUCCCCGAGGACAUCCAGGAGGCCCUGGACGUCUACUGCAAGAAGUACGAGAAGCUGAAGGCCAUGCGGACCCUCAGCUGGAAGCACACGCUGGGCCUGGUGACCAUGGACGUGGAACUGACCGACCGCACGCUGUCCGUGGCUGUGACACCUGUGCAGGCUGUGAUCCUGCUGCACUUCCAGGACCGAGCCAGCUGGAGCCUGGAGGAGCUGAGCAAGGCGGCGAAGAUGCCGGCGGCACUGCUGCGGCGGCGGAUGGCGGUGUGGCUCCAGCAGGGCGUGCUGCGGGAGGAGCCUCCUGGCACCUUCUCCGUCAUCGAGGAAGAGCGGCCCCAGGACCGCGACAACAUGGUGCUGAUGGACAGUGAUGACGAGAGCGACUCGGGCAUGGCCUCCCAGGCUGACCAGAAGGAGGAGGAGCUGCUGCUCUUCUGGACCUACAUCCAAGCCAUGCUGACCAACCUGGAGAGCCUGUCCCUGGAGCGCAUCUACAGCAUGCUGCGCAUGUUCGUGAUGACCGGCCCAGCGCUGGCCGAGAUCGACCUGCAGGAGCUCCAGGGCUACCUGCAGAAGAAGGUGCGUGACCACCAGCUCAUCUACUCAGCCGGGGUCUACCGCCUGCCCAAGAACUGCAGCUGACAGCCGUCUACACACGCCUGUGCACCCCCGCAUCCACACACACACGCCCAUGUAGGCGCUGCCUCUACAAAUUAAAACCUGUUGGCUCCUUGCCCCCUC